CGCCUCCUCAUUGGAUCAGCUGUGUCGCAUGUUGAUGACGUAGCAGCUAACUUCACCGGCUCAGCUCAGAGUUGUUGACUCUAAUAUCCGUUUAAACUCUCUGAAAGGCUCCAGGAGGAUCAGCCUGAAGCUCCAGGGAUGCCCGUGUCAGUGCGUGAAGUCUCCAUCUCCUCAGAGCCUGACUCCGCCUACUUCCUGCGGGUGCACUGGAAGGGGCGGGGCUUAGGAUCGGGCUUCAUGAUGCUGCUGACUGACGGACAGGACGCCUGGAGAGGAGAAGUGAGCGAGGCGGCGGUGUGCGAGGAAGCCGAGGAGCUGGAGAUGCCGGCGGAGCGCUACAUCCAAGACCUUCAGCAGGCUCUGACGGAGACAGAAUCCUCCUCCUCCUCGUACAGCUUCAGCCUGACGCCGUCUCCACCCGCCCGCAGCUCCUCCUCCUCCGUCACUCUGGCGUACGAGAAGGUUCAGAAGGACAUAUCAUUCCAGUUGGGUUCUGUUGUCCUGAUGGCCUUGUCGGAGCCGGCCGAGGCGGUUCGAGAGAUCCUGGUCCACAGUCUGCAGAGGGGAACCUCUCUGCAGCAGCACAACCACAAACUGGAGGAGGAGAACCAGAGACUGAGACGGGAGCAGCAGCGCAUCAGUGCAGAGAUGAAGCGGUACGCCGGUGGUAAAGAAGCCCUGGAGGCGGAGCUGUACUCGCGCUUCGUUCUGGUCCUGAAUGAGAAGAAAGCAAAGAUCCGCAGUCUGCAGGAAACCGUCACACACCUGCAGGGCAGCAGCUCAGAAGGAAAGAAAAAGGAGGAUUCAGUGAAAUCAAAACGAACAGCGGCUCAGGAGGAGGAGGACGAGUACGGAGGCAGCACUGAUGAAGAGCAGGAGGAAGAGCAGCCGGCUUCAGCUUCAGCUUCAGCUUCAUCCACUCGGGCGGUCCAGAGGCAGCUCGUUUGAUACGUCGUCAAGGUGUCAUGUGUUUCCCGUCGUCUUGAGGAGGAAAAGCUCGCAGGAAUCUUUUGUGUUGUGUUUGUUGCUACGGCGGUGACUCAGACUCAGCCGUGUGCUGCCAGUUUGUGCCAGCGGGUAUAAAAGGAGAACAGAGGGAAGUUUCAGGAAAUUAGUGGUUUCAGUUUGUGUGUGUUUACAGAGAAGUGAGAGUUAAGAUUCACACAACUAAGCAUCUGAUGAGGAAGUUUUAACUGACCUUAAGAAGUCUCUCGUGAAGUGAGUGUGUGUUUGAAACCAUUCAGCUGCUGCCUGGAUGUAAAAUCACUGAAAAUUAAAGUGUGUGCACAAG